AAGCAUCUUUAAACCAAGUAAAAAAUACAGAAUAGGUAAGGCUACGCCGAUGUGAUUAUAUAAAUAGGGGAAGAAAGAAGAAGGUGGGUGUGAGUAGUGAAACCGAUCGAGGAGGACAUAAUCUAGGUCAGUCAGCAUCCAUGUCCAUGUCCAUGUUUUUGUAUACGGUGGCACAAUCACUUGCUAUGAUGUCGCUCCUCCUCUUCUAUCUCCUCCUCCUCCUCCUCCUCUUAUGCCGUGAGGCAGCUGGGAGGUACUCUCGCAAUGGCCCCCCCACGUACCCCAUCAUCGGAUGCUUGCUUUCCUUCUACAGCAAUCGCCGCCGUCUGUUAGACUGGUACACUGAUCUUAUUGCUCACUCCCCCACCCGCACCAUCGUGGUGCACCGCUUUGGUGCACGCCGCACCAUCGUCACCGCCAACCCCGAAAACGUGGAGUACAUGCUCAAGACUAAUUUCAACAACUUCCCCAAGGGCAAGCCCUUCACCCAAAUUCUCGGUGACUUUUUGGGCUGUGGCAUUUUCAACGUCGAUGGCAAGCUCUGGCGCACCCAGCGCAAGCUCGCCAGCCACGAGUUCGGUGCCAAGUCCUGGCGCCAGUUUGCGGUGAGUUCGCUGCAGGAGGAAGUGGAGCAGCGGUUAUUGCCUCUGCUGGAGUCGUUGGCGGAGGACGCCCACAAGACAGUGGACUUGCAGGAGCUGUUGCGGCGACUCGCUUUCAAUAUGGUUUGUAAGGUUUCGCUGGGGAUGGAUCCGUUUUCCUUGGAUCCUUCUUUGCCGGCGUUGCCUCUGGCGAGAGCUUUCGACACGGCGUCGGAGAUAUGCGCCGGAAGGGCAGCGGCCCCGGUGUUUGCGGUAUGGAAGAUCAAGAGAGCGCUGAGAGUGGGAUCCGAACGGAGACUGAGAAAGGCCAUUGAAGAAGUUCAUGCAUGCGUUGACGACAUAAUUCGCAAAAAGAAGAAGAUGAUGGAGAAGAAAGGAAGUGAUGAUGAUAACGGCAAUGAAGAUCUCCUGACUCGAUUGAUAUCGGCCGGACACGGGCAUGAGGUGAUAAGAGACACCGUCAUCAGCUUCAUCAUGGCCGGACGAGACACGACUUCGGCGGCCAUGACGUGGCUCUUCUGGCUGCUUUCCCGCCAUCAGGACAUAGAAGAAGAGCUGGUAAAGGAGCUGUGGGCGACUACAGACAAGGAAAAAUGUUUAGAUUAUGAUUCUCUGAAUGAGAUGAAGCUCUUGAAAGCCUGUCUCUGCGAGUCCAUGAGGCUAUAUCCGCCUGUGGCCUGGGACUCCAAGCACGCCCUCACCCAUGAUAUCUUGCCGGACGGCACGCCCGUCCGGGCUGGAGAUAGAGUCACUUAUUUCCCCUACGGCAUGGGGAGAAUGGAAGCAUUGUGGGGAAAGGACCGAUUUGAGUUCAAACCGGACCGCUGGUUUCUUGAACCGGACAAGGAGAGAGGGGAACUGAGGAGGGUUUGUCCCUACAGAUUCCCGAUUUUUCAGGCCGGUCCGAGGGUAUGUCUUGGGAAGGAGGUGGCCUUCCUUCAGAUGAAGUACGUGGUGGGAUCGAUACUUAGACAGUUCGAGAUCAGACCGGUUGGUUUGGAUGAACCGGUGUUUGUGCCACUCCUGACGGCUCACAUGGCUGGUGGGCUCAACGUUUCGGUCCGAAGGAGACAGACGCUUGUUAGAUAGACUUGAAAAACUGAUUAAAUUAACGAGUCAAUGGUUGUUAUUUUUAUUUCUUGGACUAUAUGUAACAUGCCAUCGUGCUCGUGCCUUACUUGUAAUAUAACAAUGGGAAAGUGAUUAUGGAAAAUGCUUGCGUA